AUGACAGCCUCCACAAUAGCUUCAGACCGAUCAUCAGAAUACUUCAGUUCUGAACAAAACGGGGUGUUGAGCUUCGAGAAUCCUAACUACACGCUGGGCACCGCCAACGACCCCCGCUUGGACGACGCUUUGAACAGCAACCACAAUAACGGCUCGUCCACUCAUGACGGGCCUUUGGACGGUGGCCUGGCCGCCCUAGACUCGUUGUACACGGAACUGGACCACGUAUGCAACCUGACCAGGUCGUCCAGCAUCCGAAAUCGUCGGCAUUAUGCCCAUCUGGACAUUGGUUCGAUGGGGGUCGACGUAGCCACCGGCCCGGUCACCAAUUUGGACCACGCCGACCACCAGAACAACAGGUAAGGUCACCACCACCAGCCAGGUCACU